AUGUCCCGGUCCGCCCAUGACUCCCCCCGCCCCGCCUCCAAGGAGGGCAAGGCCAUGCACCCCGACCUCCUGAACGACAACAUCCUGAAGACGCAGUAUGCGGUGCGCGGCGAGCUGUACACCCGUGCCCAGGAGCUGGCCAAGUCUGGCGGGGAGGUGAUCUACACCAACAUCGGCAAUCCACAGCAGCUGGGGCAGGAGCCGCUGGUGUUCAACCGCCAGGUGCUGGCCCUGCUCCUCGCCCCCUUCCUGCUGGACCACCCGUCGGCCAGUGCGCUGUUCCCACGCGAGGCCAUCGACCGCGCGCGCGAGCUGCUGGCCGCCUUCGGCGGGCGCAUGGGCGCGUACUCGGACGCGCGCGGCGCGCCCGCCAUCCGCCAGCAGGUGGCCGCCUUCAUCGAGGCGCGGGACGGGCAGCCCGCCGACCCGGAGGACAUCUACCUCACCGACGGCGCGUCGGUGGGCGUCAAGUACGCUCUCAACGCGCUCAUCCGCGACGGCAACGACGGCAUCCUGUGCCCUAUCCCGCAGUAUCCGCUCUACUCCGCCGCCAUCCAGCUGUUCGGCGGCAAGCUGGUGCCCUACUACCCGGAGGAGGACGCGGGCUGGGACCUGAACCUGGAGGCGCUGCGUGGCGCAGUGAAGAAGGCGCGGGCGGAGGGCACCGUACUCCGCGCCCUGGCCUUCAUCAACCCAGGCAACCCCACGGGCCAGGUGCUGACGCGCGAGACGCUGCGUGAGCUCAUCGCCUUUGCCCACGACGAGGGCCUGGUGCUGCUGGCGGACGAGGUGUACCAGCCCAACAUCUACCAGGACGAGAAGCCCUUUGUAAGCGCCAAGCGCGUGCUGCGCGAGAUGGGCGAGCCCUGGGCCAGCUCCGUGGAGCUGGCCUCCUUCCACACCGUGUCCAAGGGCAUGCUGGGCGAGUGCGGCCUACGUGGAGGGUACGUGGAGUGGGUCAACAUCCACCCAGGCGCGCAGGCGGAGCUCUACAAGGUGGCCAGCGUCAACCUGUGCCCCAACACCGUCGGCCAGGCUACCGUGUCCCUCAUGGUGGCGCCGCCCACAGGCGACAGUGAGGCCGCGCGUCAGUACGCCAAGCAGUACGAGGACAGCCUGGCCAGCCUCAGGCGGCGGGCCCACGUAAUGACCGACGCUUUCAAUGGGCUGGAGGGCGCAUCCUGCAACUUCACCGAGGGCGCCAUGUACUCCUUCCCGCGCCUGCACCUGCCGGCGAAGGCCAUCCAGGCCGCCAAGGAGGCGGGCAAGGACCCCGACACCUUCUACUGCCUGGCCCUGCUGGCCGACACCGGCAUCGUGACCGUGCCCGGAUCGGGCUUCGGCCAGGUGGAGGGCACCUUCCACCUGCGCACCACCAUCCUGCCCCAGGAGGACGUCAUGCAUGAGUUCGUGGACAAGCUGAGGACCUUCCACAAGUCAUUCAUGGCCAAGUACAAGGACUGA